AGCCAUUCGACCCGAGCAUGCUCUGUUCCGUUGAUUGACGGCAUCGUUGUUUCGGGCUGCAGUGCUCUCCUCAAACGACUCGCCAACGAAACCAAGAAAAAGGAAGAGGAAAUGCGCAAGCGCGCCGCAAGCAACGAAUCGACUCUUCAGGGCUCGCCAGCAAAGUCCGAGGCUGCAUCAGAGCCCCCGCGACCGGUGACCCGCAAGCAUGUGUCGUUCAUGAAGGUCACGCAGAAGCAGCAGUUUGUCAUCGGCGUCAUCUCGUCUGGUACGAGCGGCAAGGUUAAGAAAGUCCAGAUAUCGACACGGACAGGUGCUUCAGCGGUUGUGGUGAACCUGAAAAAGUGGGAGACAAAGAGGCUCUUGACCAUCCGCGACACCCGACCCCAAUUCUCGGCCACCGAAUACCUCGAGCUCUAUAACAGCGACUUUGACAUCAACAACCCGAAAACACACAGCCUCUAUCCCGCAAGGUACGUCAUCCAAACCGCGGGCGUGACGAUCGCCCACCUCGAAUACGUGAACCAACUCAAGAUCCAGAUCAGCCCGAACUACCCGGGGGCACCCAUCUACUGCUGCACAGGCGACUUUUCGCUCGGCAAGUACAUCAUCAUCAUCAAACACCCAAACUCGCGCGAACAGCGCUUCUUUGGGGAGUGUGGCGGUCGACACUUGCUCAAGAAGAGCAUGAUGGACUCCAAGGUCACCUACUACCUCGAGACCGAAGACUGUGAGAAUUCGCAGUUGGUGCUCUCGGCGGUGUGCUUCAUUGCCGCAGUGACCUCGUCCUUCAACUGAAGGAGGCUGCGUUGGCUUCGAGGAGGUCAUCGCUGUCUGGGCAGUCCGCGAGAUGUGCUAUGACCGGAUGGAUUGCAGCCAGCCAAUCAGCCAAUCAACCAGCCAAUCAGCCAAUCAACCAGCCAAUCAGCCAAUCAACCGACCAAUCACCCA